GAGAUUGUUUCGUUAAAGCACACUUACUUACAGCACAGUAGGUGGCGCUAAUGCGCAUCUUUCUUUUCAGCUUCCUAGUUCUUUCUCAAGAAAAACUAGCUGAUGCUGUGUUUUACACGUGAGAGAAAAUGGCAUCUAACAGUCACGUAAAGAUAGGAAUAAUUGGUGGAUCUGGUCUUGAUGAUCCAGAUAUCCUGGAGGGAAGGACAGAACGGUAUGUAGUCACGCCAUUUGGAAAGCCAUCUGAUGCUCUAAUUUUGGGCAAAAUAAAGAAUGUAGACUGUGUACUUCUUGCAAGGCAUGGGAGACAACACACCAUAAUGCCCACCAAUGUCAACUACCAGGCCAAUAUUUGGGCCUUGAAGGAAGAGGGCUGUACUCACCUGUUAGUCACCACAGCAUGUGGUUCCCUCAGAGAGGACAUCCAGCCUGGGGACAUUGUUUUGAUUGACCAGUUUAUUGAUAGGACAACAAAACGUGUCCAGACAUUCUAUGAUGGGCAGCCCACCAGCCAUCCAGGCGUGUGCCACAUCCCUAUGGCUGAACCUUUCUGCAACCGGACUAGAGAGGUGCUCAUGGAGGUUGCCCAGGGACUCGGUGUGAAGUGUCACACCCGAGGGACAAUGGUGACCAUAGAGGGUCCUCGUUUCUCUUCUCGGGCAGAGAGCCUGAUGUUCAGACAAUGGGGUGCUGAUGUCAUCAACAUGACCACAGUACCGGAGGUGGUUCUUGCCAAGGAGGCCGGGCUGUGUUAUGCUAGUAUUGCAAUGGCAACUGAUUAUGACUGCUGGAAAGAGCACGAAGAGGCGGUGAGCAGAUAGAAACUUUUGUCUGUGUUUUUGUACAAUUUGUGUGUGUACUUAUCCAUAUUUUAUGGGCUAUUCUGUUUUGGCAGAAGUGAGAUAAAUAUGACAAAACCACUUUUUCAGGACGUACAAGGACAUUCCCAUUUGUGUAAAACAAAUGUACAGGGGUUGAACAAAAUAAUGUGAAAACCUGGGAAAUAGGCAAUAUUUCGUAAUGUUUUACCACCAUUUGCCUUUAAAGGGUCCUAUUAUGCUCUUUUACAAAGUCUUGAUUUUGUUUUGGGGGGUGUACUAGAACAGGCUGUGAUAC